UGUACAUAUAAAGGAACAGAGAGCCCUCCUCUUCUGCACCCGGAGGGGCGGAUAAAUAUUUCGCAUUUCAUUCCACAUCUUUCUUUGGCUCUGUUUUCCACCGCAAUUCCCGUCAAAUUCUCGAGAUGGAGCACGUAAGAACUCCAUUUAGAGGCAUCAUAAACGAUUUUAGAGGAAGAGCAGCUUGUUAUAAACAAGAUUGGAUUGGUGGCGUCCGCUCAGGACUCGGGAUAUUAGCACCAACAACCUAUAUCUUCUUCGCUUCUGCUCUUCCUGUCAUUGCCUUCGGCGAGCAACUUAAUAGAGACACAGAUGGAAGUUUAAGCACAGUUGAAACAUUAGCUUCUACUGCUCUUUGCGGUAUCAUACACUCAAUACUUGGUGGGCAACCUUUGUUGAUAUUGGGAGUUGCAGAACCCACUGUUAUUAUGUACACUUAUUUGUACAAUUUUGCUAAAGGAAAGGAAGACUUGGGACAGAAGCUUUUCUUGGCUUGGGCCGGAUGGGUAUGUGUCUGGACAGCCCUUUUGCUGCUGCUUCUUGCAAUAUUCAAUGCUUGCACUGUAAUCAAUAGAUUUACUAGGAUUGCAGGCGAACUUUUUGGCAUGUUGAUUACUGUUCUAUUCAUUCAAGAGGCCAUUAAAGGAAUGGUGAGUGAGUUCAAUAUUCCCAAAGCUGAAGAUCCAAAGCUAGAGAAGUAUCAAUUUCCGUGGCUUUACACAAAUGGAUUGUUGGGUAUAAUAUUCACUUCUGGCCUUCUUUACACUGCCUUGAAGAGCAGAAAGGCAAGAUCAUGGUGGUAUGGCACAGGGUGGUUUAGAAGUUUCAUUGCAGACUAUGGGGUUCCUUUAAUGGUGGUGAUAUGGACAGCACUUUCAUUUAGUGUACCGAGCAAAGUUCCUUCUGGAGUUCCUAGAAGGCUCUUCAGCCCUCUUCCCUGGGAGUCUGCAUCCUUGCACCACUGGACUGUAAUCAAGGAUAUGGGAAAUGUGCCUCCAGCAUACAUCUUUGCUGCCCUUAUUCCUGCUCUGAUGAUAGCAGGGCUCUACUUUUUCGACCAUAGCGUUGCAUCGCAGCUGGCACAACAGAAGGAAUUCAAUCUUAAAAAUCCAUCUUCUUACCAUUAUGACAUCUUGUUGCUGGGGUUCAUGACUUUACUUUGUGGAUUGCUUGGACUACCUCCUUCUAAUGGGGUCCUGCCCCAGUCUCCUAUGCACACAAAGAGUCUUGCCGUUCUCAAAAGACAGUUGAUAAGAAGGAAGAUGGUGGAGAGUGCUAAGGAAAGCAUCAAGCAGAAAGCUAGCAACUCUGAAAUAUACGGGAAGAUGCAAGCUGUGUUCCUUGAGAUUGACAGCAGUCCAGCAAUUACAGUAGCUAAAGAGCUGAAAGACUUGAAGGAGGCAGUCAUGAAUGGGGAGAACAAGGGAGAAAAUCCAAAGGAUUCGUUUGAUCCUGAGAAGCACAUUGAUGCCUACUUACCUGUCAGAGUUAAUGAGCAAAGAGUGAGCAAUUUGUUGCAGUCACUUCUUGUGGCAGCAUCAGUUUGUGCUAUGCCAGCAAUCAAGCAGAUACCUACAUCAGUCCUCUGGGGAUAUUUCGCUUACAUGGCCAUGGACAGUCUCCUUGGGAACCAAUUCUGGGAAAGAAUGCUACUUCUCUUCAUUAUGCCCGGCAGGCGGUACAAAGUGUUUGAAGGGGUUCAUGCUUCUUUUGUGGAGUCGGUUCCAUUCAAAUACAUUGCUAUGUUUACAAUCUUCCAAUUGGUGUAUUUCCUAGUCUGUUUUGGUGUGACAUGGAUUCCAAUAGCUGGAAUUCUGUUCCCAUUACCAUUCUUCAUUCUCAUUUCCAUAAGGCAGCACAUCCUUCCCAAGCUGUUUAAUCCACAUCAUCUGCAAGAACUGGAUGCAGCCGAAUACGAGGAAAUCACCAGUGCCCCACGACGCUCUCUCAGCCUUUCUUUCAAGGAAAAAGAAGCUGCUGGUCUAGGAAAUGAGGAAGGGGAAGUGGAAGUGUGUGAUGCUGAGAUGUUAGAUGAGCUAACUACCAGCAGAGGGGAGUUCAAAGUUAGGACUGUAAGCUUCCACGAGGACAAUCGCGGUCACGUUUACCCUGAGGAAAUCGUCCAACAGGAGUAAGAGAUGAAUUGCGUGGCACGUACUCAGAGAAAGUGAAUUAAUGAUGACGAUAGAUGAUAGUUAUACAGUCAUUUUCUGCUUGUAAGAGAACUUGUAGAAUGUAAAUAGCAUGGAAAAUGGACAAAUAGAGUUUGAAGCCAAUCACCAGUGUUCAUGAUAUCGAUUCUAAGAUAAACACCCUCUGCUUGGACUUG